AUGUCGCCAUUGAUCGAAGACGAUCGCGGCCACGUGAGCGACCGUACGAGCACCUCGAAGCCUCGACUCGCCGUCAUCGGUGCGGGCUCUCGAGGCAAUGCCUACGCUCGUGCGACUGUCGACUCAGGCCUUGCGACCAUUGCCGCAGUUGUCGAGCCCAUCCCCUUCAAGCGCAGACUGCUAGGCUCGAAGUUCAUUUGGGGGAAAGGCGAGUCCUCCGCUGGACAAGAGUUUGCAGACUGGAAAGAUUUCAUUGCCUACGAACUGCAACGACGGAAGGACGAAGAGGCUGGCAAGUCAGUUCCUCCUGGAGUGGACGGCGCUUUCGUGUGCGUCCGCGAUGAGCUGCAUACGGAAGUAGUAACAGCAUUGGCGCCUUUGGAGAUUCAUCUGAUGUGCGAGAAGCCGCUGGCUACGACACUCAAGGAUUGCCUUCAGAUUCAGCGGACGCUUGAACAGUAUGACCAAAAGGUGUUCGCAAUUGGGCACGUUCUGAGAUACAGCCCUCACAAUCUGCUCCUUCGUCAUCUCGUCCGAGAGCAGAAUGUGAUUGGUGAAGUGCUCUCUGUUGAGCACACCGAGCCCGUCGGCUGGUGGCAUUUCAGCCAUUCGUAUGUCCGCGGCAGCUGGAGAAAGGAGUCGUAUACGGCGCCUAGCUUACUGACGAAGAGCUGCCACGACAUCGACUGGCUCAUGUGGAUGCUUUGCUCGCCGCAAGCAGGAAACAAUCUGCCUCCACAUCUCCCAAGCAAUGUUUCCUCGCGAGGCUCUUUGAAGCAGUUCAAGAGGUCUAGAAAGCCUAAAGAAGCUGGAGCUGCCACAAACUGUCUGUCUUGUCCAAUCCAGGAUAACUGUAUGUACUCAGCCAAACGAAUUUACUGGGAAAGGCAUCUUGCCAAAAGCAACGCGAGGUGGCCUGUUGAGAUCGUCAACCCCGAAGUCGAGACAAUAUUGCAUACGGAAGGCAAACCUAAGGCCAAAGACGCUCUCUUCAAAUCCUUGGUGGAAGACUACGAUGCCGCAACAACGCCGGUGGAGGACAUUGAAGGCCGUUCAUGGUUCGGCCGCUGCGUCUGGGAAAGCGACAACGAUGUAUGCGAUGACCAGUUUGUGACUUUUGAAUGGGAUGAUGACCCUCAGCAUGGCCGCACGGCGAAGACGGCAAACUUCCACAUGAUUGCGCAGUCGCUGGCGCAGUGCGAGCGGCGAGGAUGGAUAUAUGGCACGAAAGGUGAGAUCCAUUACGACAGUAGCCGCAUCACACUCAACGACUUCGAGAACGAUUCGACGAGGAGCUUCACGCCGGAAGUGCCCAAGAAUUCUCAUCAUGGUGGCGGCGAUGAUGGCUUGACACAACAAUUCGUCAAGGCUGUUGCAGCAGUGAAGAACGGCAAGAUGAACGUAAGUAAAGCUCAGACAGAGUUCCUGGGUGUUACAAUUGAGGAGUGCGUGCGGAGCCACGCGGCCGUGUUUGCAGCGGAAGAAGCCAGGUUACAGAAGAGGGUCGUCGAAUGGGGGGAGUGGUGGGAGAAGAAUGUAAAGCCAGAGCUUGCAACACAAUAG